UAGUUUUUAGUUUUUAUCGAAGAUACCCCAUUUUGGUAUUUAAACACCGUAUAUGUAGGUGGUCUCCAAUCAAUAGACAGUUGCAUACGCGCACACGCGUUCUCUCUCCCUCAACAACUCUUCUUCUUCUUCGUCAGAUCCAAAAUAUGGGCAUUGAAAAUGGAGGAUCUGAAUCCGAAGACGCCACAACAACAACAAAAGCUCAGACUCAUCUGGUAUUCACGUACGGGACCUUGAAGCGAGGCUUCUGGAAUCACACGCUUUUACAGGAUCUCAUGCGAACCGGAGACGCCGUCUUCAAGGGCACAUACCGAACCGUAGAGAAAUACCCCCUUGUGUGCGGGCCCUACAAGGUCCCUUUCCUCCUCAAUUUCCCAGGCGUCCCUGGUUCCCGCACUGUCUCCGGGGAGCUCUACGCCGUCUCCGCCCGCGGCUUCUCCCGACUUGAUGAACUCGAGGGCACCACUCGUGGCCACUACGAGCGAUUGCCCAUCGAGGUGAGGCCCACUGGUAAUAAUGACGAUGGAGAGAAUUGUGGGAACGAGAGCGUCUGGGUAGAGGCGUAUUAUGCUCACAGGAGUUACGCGGCGGAGAUAUGGAGGAGGAACGGAAAGAGAGGGCUUGGGGAGUAUUCGGAGAAGGAAGCAAAAGGGUAUGUGAAGAGGAAAGAUAGGCCGCAGCAUUUAAGUUUCCUGGACCAGAUUCAUGUUUUUGUCACAUCUUCUUCUGCUGUUUGAUUAUGAAAUUUUCUGGAUUUUACAAAUAAGUUUUCUGGGUUUUGUUAUGUUCAGUUACUUUUACUUUAUCAUCGAUGUAUGAAAACAAUGAAUAUAUAUAUAUAUAUAUAUAUAU